AUGGAUGAGCCACCAGCUCUAACAUGGCGCGGCAGUUAUGCCCUACUUCCGCUGGAAGCUAGCAAUGGUAGUAGCUUGAAUGGCGAUAAGAUAAUAUUGCCGCAGUCUGCACUUGAGCAGCUGCUCAGUGCGUCGGCGUCUCAAGCUGUCAUGCAAGACAAGUAUACGACUGCAUCAUCACACCUCCCGAAUCCCUUGACUUUUCGCCUUGUAAAUCCGACCUGCAACAAGUCAGUAUACGCUGGAAUUCGCGAGUUUUCGGCCCCGGAGGGUACCGUUAUACUGAGUCCAUAUCUACUCAGCGCUCUGGGUCUGGCUACAGAUGAAAAGGCGACUACCACGACCUCAAGCUCGACGGUUUCAGAAAUUAGACUUGAAGUACACACCGAGACAUUGCCAAAAGGGACCUAUGCGCGACUGCGACCCCUGGAGGCUGGAUACAACCCCGACGACUGGCGGCCUCUGCUUGAAAGACAGCUUCAAAGGGACUUUACGUCGCUUACCAAGAAUGCGAAGAUACUGGUACAUGGCGUUCGAGGAGAGGUCUUCCAACUGCUUGUUGACAAGCUAUCGCCGGAAGGCCAGGGGGUUUGCGUGGUGGAUACAGAUCUCGAGGUUGACAUUGAAGCACUGGAUGAGGAACAAGCGCGCGAGACGCUGCGCCAGUUCAUCAACACCAACCGCCACGAAAAUCAAGACGGCAGCUCCAAAGGCGGACCCAUCGAUAUUUGGAAGCCUGUACUCGGCAAAAUAGCCGUCGGCAGCUACAUCGAUUAUAGCCUUCCUUCUUGGGAUCGAAACCAGUCUGUCCAACUGGCAUUGUCCAAUAUGUCGGACCCUGAGGCUUUGGAGCUCUUUGUUACACCGAAAUCAAACCUUCAGCGUUCUCUGCCUCGAAAGACGGAGCAUGUAUUCAGCACCUUGGGCUCCUUCAAACCAAGCAUGACGAAAACGAUCAUCAUCUCGCCGACGGACGUGGAGAUGAAGAAGGCAGAGAGCAUACAAAUUUCGGUCCACGCCUACUCAGACUUCACUGCAACAAAAGCACCCGAUGCGAUUCAGUAUACACUUCGUGCUCAAGUGUUAGUGGAAAGCGACAAGACCAGCGCUAUAGAUCAAGCUGGAAAUCUUAAAGAGCAGCAAGACAAUGAAGCGCUGUGUUCAAACUGUCAGCAGUUGGUUCCGAAGCAAAGUCUUGUCUUGCAUGAGAACUUCUGCCGGCGCAACAACAUCGUCUGCCCCAAAUGCAAGUUAGUUUUCAAGAAAGAUUCCGCCGAAUUCGCCGCACACUGGCACUGCAAGCAGGACGAGGCCUAUGGCAACACGCCAUACAGCAAGCAAAAGCACGACGAGAUCUUUCACAGUAGCUGGCUCUGCUCCUCGUGCGCGUUUGAAACGAACUCGCUGCCUGAUCUUGCAAAACACAGGAGUACGGUCUGCCCUGGGAAACUGAUUCUCUGUCAAUUCUGUCACCUAGAAGUUCCACAAGAAGGUGAUCCCUUCAACCCAUCUCCCGAGGUGAAGCUGUCCGGAUUGACGGCGCAUGAGCUGGCAGAUGGUGCGCGAACGACUGAGUGUCAUCUCUGCGACAAAAUUAUCAAAUUAAAGGAUAUGCAAACACACCUAAAGCACCAUGAGCUGGAUAAAGUAGGCAAAGAGAAGCCGCCAGUCUGUCGCAACGAGAAUUGUGGGCGAACACGGUUUGGAGUCGGGAGUCGUGGGCAAGUGCGGCACAGCCCCGGAGCUGACGGACAGCAAGGUGCUGAUAUCGGGCUGUGCUCCCUUUGCUUCGGACCACUCUACGUCAGCAUGCACGAUCCAGACGGAAAAGCCCUUCGCAGACGCAUCGAAAGACGCUAUCUCACGCAGUUGAUGAGUGGGUGCCGCAGGAGCCGGUGCAGUAACGAAUGGUGCAAGACUGGUCGCUCUACCCUUGGACUGGAGGCAAAAGGAUCCUCGGUGCAGUCUGCCUUGCCGUUGGUUAAGCCAUUGGUAGAAACAUGGCAGAAUCUGGACAGUCCCAUGCACUUUUGUGUCGACGAGCUGAGCCAGACUGGCCGAAAGUUGGCUGGUCAGAUUGCCUCGGAGGGUGUUUGGGACAUUGAAUGGUGCAUCGCCGCGGCAGAGGCUGAAAACUCAAACGCAAACAAUAUGCGAGAUUGGUUGCAGGCUUGGGCACCUCGCCGAGUAUAA